UCUCCAUCAUCAUCAUCACUCUUUCUCCAACUUGCAAAAUAAAUAUAUAAAAAAAAAAUACAAAUUGAAUUAGCUGCAAAGAAUUAAAGAUCGAUCCACGCCAUGAACCACGGCGGUGUCCAGAGCUCUCCGCCGCAGCAGACGGCGGCCGCAGCCGCUACGUGGUGGAGCUCCAACAACACUACUACAACUAUUAUUCGACCUCCGCCGCAUCACCAUCAGCUCGAGCUUCCUCUCUCUUGCAGCCAACUGCUCCUAGCAGAGCUGGUUGGUGAAGAUAAGGAAUCAGGUUUAAGAAGAUUGGAGAAUUGGGAGCAACAACACCUUCUCACUCUAACUAAUUCAUCAGAUUUGAAGCAUCCUCACAAUAAUCUCUCACCUGAUCAGUGCAAUAGCAUCAAUAGUGCCAUAACAGGUGGGGCAGCCAAGAAAGCAAGAAUUCAACCUCCUUCACUACAGUCUACAUUCAAGGUGAAAAAAGAAAAAUUGGGAGACAAAAUAACAGCCCUCCACCGGCUUGUUUCCCCAUUCGGAAAGACAGACACAGCUUCUGUGCUGUUAGAAGCAAUUGGAUACAUCAGAUUCCUUCACACUCAGAUUGAGGCCCUAAGCUUACCGUACUUGCACACCAGACACCACCUCCCUGGUUCCAACGGCGAACCGAAAGCUGAUUUGAGGAGUCGAGGGUUGUGCCUCGUUCCAACGUCGUGCACACUUCAGGUGGGGAGUGACAAUGGAGCUGAUUUCUGGCCAGCUCCGGCUGCUUGCGAUGCAAACCUUCGAUUUUGAUCAUUAGUACAAUCGAAAAAUUAGAUGAUAUAACAUCACGAGCAGCCAAUCUGCUUAAACAAUCCAAGGCUGACUGCUUCUGAUGCUAUGCAUUUUUCCAUGUUUGUGACACUUAUGCAUCUAUUGUAUUGAAAAUUUUUAUCUUAUGCAUUUGUUUUCGAUCGAAGAACAUGUUAGUUUAA